CUAUUAGAGGCUGUUGUUUCUUUCUUUCUUUUUUGUGUCACGAAUUCCAGCGGCUAACAAUGAUAAUUAUUAAUUAAUAAUGAUAAUAAAUAUUUGAGGACCACAUAAGAAGAGAAAUGGAAUAAUGCAUCUGCUUAGCCCGAAACAAUAUCAAAAUAUUUUUAUUUUCUAUUUUAAUGGCCAUGAUGAGCUUGCAAACAGCACCAUCUCAUGUGUUGUGGAUUAAAUCCUUCCCAAGUUGGUGUCCAUUGAUAAGAUCCCAUAAAGCAUCAAAGCUCUCAGCACAAUCUAAAAACAAGAAUGCCACUCCUCACAGACUCGGAGGAACGAACUAUCAGUGUCACUACCGUGUUAAAUUUCGCAGAGAAAGAACGAGAACCAGAGCGACCCUUGAUGACACUGAAAGAGAACAACUUUCCUCAACCCCACUUCUUGUUGAGGAUGACAAACCCAGCAAGGAAGUAGAGGAAAGUGUGGAAGUGCUAAAAGAUGCAGCUAAGACUAGAAAGGUAGCAGCAGAGAAGGUUCUGUCUGCACUUUCUGUCAUUGAGAAAGCGAAAAUUGAUCCUUCUGGCUUUCUUGAAACCCUGGGUGGCAAUGAAUCUCCUGGGAGGACAUGGAUGCUAAUUUUCACCGCUGAGAAACAAUUGAAGGGGGGUCGAUAUUUUCCUCUCACAGCUGUUCAGAGGUUUGAUGCUGCUGUAAGUCUCACUUUGUAUUAUCUAUCUAUUUUUCACCUGAUGCUAGCACCACAUUUUUGUCUAUGAGAAGCUUUCAAUGUUCUUUGUUAUUUUGUGCUACUUAUUGAUAAAGCAAGAAACAUCAGAAGAAUGUUAUUGAUAACUGAUAAGUGCAUCUUUGGGCAUGAGGGAUAAGCUGUUUCUCUGUACAUUGAUUGUCAGUUCAUAUUGUAGUUAGUUUUUCAUUGCCUUUGAUAAUACUGGUUUAUAUCCAAUAUCAAACACGUCGUAUUUUCUGUAUAAACGUUUAGAAGAAUAAUUGAGUCAAGCAUUGCAGUAUUGCACCAUCUGGAGGGGAAGGGAUAAAUGGUCCACUUCGGGUGAAGACGAUCUUUAAUUGCCUCCAUCCUAGUUGGGGCUACUUCAACUUAAAUUAUAAAGUAAGAUUGAUUAGUCAGUUUUUUAAGGGCAAGAGAGAACUGUUAAAUAAAACUUGACUAUGAAUGUUGUGUCAAAGCAGUUAAUAAUAGCUCAUAUGUAGGGAGUGAGGACACAUUAUAUCAAGUAUCCAUUUCAUUCACAUAAGACCCUUCUGCAGUUCUGCAUCUUAGUUAACAGUUUUUCUGGAAUGUCUAUUUCACUCACAUCUGUUAUUGAUUCGCUUUAUCCCUUCUCAUUCAAGCAAACUCGUAUUACAAUUAUUACUGUUACUUGUUAAUCUAAUUAUUUGUAGUUGUAUAU